UAGUAAUUUUUUCAAUAGUCACCGCAAAUACGUCAAUCAAACAAAUGGUGUGCAAUCAGUAAUCUUUGCUUCUUUUCUUUUUGCGUAUUUAUAAUCACACGCAUAUUAAUUUUCACUAAAAGCAAUGUCUAAGCGUCAAAUUAUAAUAAUAUUUGGAAGUUACUAAAAUCGAUCGCGUCAUUCAACAAUAUCGCUCACCAAAUUAAAAUCAUGUUUUCACGUAAAAUUCAUUAGACGGCCUCGGUGGGGGCAGACGUAAUUUCCUUGAACCAAAAGUUAAUAAAUAACAUCGAAAAUGAAUUUCGACGACAGUGCGAGCAGCGGGUAUGUUACCAAUGAGACCAUAUACGGAACUCAUGAAGAUUCUCACGUAGUUAUGUCAGAGAAGGUACAAUCUCUUGCUGGAAGUAUCUACCAAGAGUUCGAACGUAUGAUAGCGCGAUACGAUGAGGAUGUAGUAAAAACAUUGAUGCCACUUCUAGUGAAUGUAUUAGAGUGCUUGGAUUCAGCCUAUCAGACGAAUCAAGAGCACGAGGUGGAACUAGAGCUAUUGCGAGAAGACAACGAGCAGUUAGUUACGCAGUAUGAACGCGAGAAGGCAGCCAGGAAGUACGCUGAACAGAAGUUACUGGAAGCUGAGGAUCAUUAUGAAGGAGAAAGAAAAGACUUGACUGGCCGUUUAGAAGCACUGGAUAGCAUCGUGAGAAUGUUAGAACUUAAACACAAGAACUCCUUGGAUCAUGCUAGUAGACUCGAAGAAAGAGAAAAUGAAUUGAAAAAAGAAUAUGCAAAGUUGCAUGAAAGGUACACCGAGCUAUUUAAAACUCACAUGGACUAUAUGGAAAGAACAAAGCUACUUCUAAGCACAGCAAGUGAUAGAAGCGAAGUUCGAGGCCGACUGGGACUCAAUCCUGUUGGAAGGUCUAGUGGUCCGAUAUCGUUUGGUUUCGCAUCUCUAGAAAGUUCUAUGAACGCGAUAGAACAGACCGAAAGUAUUCCUGGUAGUCCUGUCAGCUUGUCGUCGUCACCGCCAUCGCCGCCCAUCGGAGCCGAACUAGCGGCCGUGAGGACGGUCGAAAGAGCUCACCAGACAGAUGCCAUAACACAACAAAGUCAGGCAACGUCGCCUGUCGCUCUCCCGAAUUCAAACAUCGGAAAAUCUCAGACUAAGAGCGAAAAACGAAGUGGUAACACUUUGUAUCAGGAGUUGGCUUUCCAUGACACCGAUGCGAGCAUUGCCGAAUCACAAGGCGAUGAAGGUGCUGACAUCACAGGUAGCUGGGUGCAUCCUGGAGAAUAUGCGUCUUCUGUUAACGAUAACUACUUUGGCAUGGGGAAAGAAGUCGAAAACUUGAUACUGGAGAACAACGAAUUAUUGGCCACGAAGAACGCUUUGAACGUUGUCAAGGACGACCUUAUAGUGAAGGUGGACGAGUUGACCGGCGAACAGGAGAUGCUUCGAGAAGAAGUGGCCAAUCUAAGUUCGGCGCGAGAGAAACUUAGAGAUCGGGUGACUCAAUUGGAGGAUGAAUUGCGACGUUUGAAGGAGGCGAUGAGCAACAACGCUGGCGGUGGGGACAACGAGGAGGAAGCCGACGUCCCGUUGGCGCAGAGACGCCGCUUCACGCGCGUCGAGAUGGCACGUGUCCUCAUGGAACGUAACCAAUAUAAGGAACGAUUAAUGGAGCUUCAAGAUGCCGUUCGCUGGACCGAGAUGGUUCGUGCCAGUCGCGUGGACAACUCCAUCGACAAGAAGAGCAAGCAGAGCAUAUGGACUUUUUUUAGUAAACUAUUCAGUUCGAACGAUCGUCCACAAAGACCGCUUUCCACUCCUCAUCUAAGAGCCGUGGCCGCCUCGCAGCCUACGAUGAGACAUUCACAAACCCAAGGCGACUUCUUGGAGGCGCAGCUUUCCGACCACCACCAGAAGCGACACGAGAGAACCGAACAAUUCCGACAGGUGCGGGUACAUGUGCGUAAGGAAGACGGGCGCACGCACGCUUACGGUUGGAGUCUCCCGGGGAAGAACAGCCAGGGACAGAAGGGACCGAGCCCCUCAGCGUCCCUGUCGUCGGGGGGAGUUCCGGUACCAGUUCCGGUUUUUUGUCGCCCGAUAGCGGAGAGUGAGCCGCGUAUGACUCUGCUGUGUGCGGCCGGCGUAAACCUGAACGGAGGUAGGACUCCGGAUGGAGGCUGCAUGAUUGGUGAGAGCGUUUUCUACGCAAAUGAAGACGAUAAGACGGAGAACAAUAUGUCCUUAGCCUACGAGAUGAGCAAAGCGCAGUCAGCGCAUUCUCCAGAGGUCGAGCAGAUCAGCAGACAGCUGCAGUCAACUCAGAGCGUGGAGUACACUGAAAAGAACCUGUCCUCGUUGGUUUGGAUAUGUGCUAGUACACAGGCUAAAGGAGUAGUUAUGAUCAUCGAUGCGAACAAUCCGGCGGACGUGAUCGAAUCCUUUUCAGUGAGCGAUAAGCAUAUUCUCUGUGUAGCUUCAGUGCCUGGUGCCACUGCAGAAGAUUAUCAAGAUUACGAAGAACGAAUGUCUGGGGACACCGAAACGAAGCGCCAUUCGUCGUUGUUAUGCGUGGGAAAGAGUGAGUCUGUGGAAAGCCAACCCAAUGGCCCCGUCGAGGACACGAACGCGGAGAACACUGAAAACGAAACUGUAAUUGGAACUACUAAAUUGAUAAAGGCAACCCUUCUAACUCCACCGAGUACUCCUGUAAAGGAGCCAGAAGAACCAGCUGCUGAUAAUGACGAGAAUCCCAAAGAAUCGAUGGUCAAGAAUGUUGAAGACGAAGCAGAGAACGACGGUCAUGACAGUCCGCCACUAAGCUCCACUCCUAAUAAUGUUACGGAGCCAUCGGUCAGUUCACCGGAGCCCGGAUUGGACGCGUUCGCACAGGAACAAUCGAACGUCGAGAACCGCGGCGAUGUACCGGACCGAAAGAUGUCCACCGUGAUGGCGACGAUGUGGCUAGGAACCAAAAACGGAAACCUAUACGUACAUUCCGCAAUGGGGAACUACAGCAAGUGCUUGGCUAGGAUCAAACUGAACGAUGCUAUAUUGGCCAUAGUGUCGUGUGCUUCUCGUUGCGUGGUCGCGCUCGCUGAUGGAACAGUAGCUAUAUUUGCCCGACUUGCAGAUGGACAGUGGGAUUUCACUCAGUAUUGGCUCAUGACUCUAGGCGAUUCUAAAUGUUCAGUGCGAUGCCUCAGUGCGGUCGGCUGUACGGUUUGGUGCGGUUACCGCAACAAGGUCCAGGUGAUCGAUCCUCGUACGAGACAACUACUUCACACUCUCGAAGCUCAUCCUAGACAAGAGAGUCAAGUGCGACAGAUGGCGUGUCACGGCGAUGGAGUAUGGGUGUCGAUAAAAAUGGACUCGACCCUCGGUCUGUACCACGCGCACACAUACAAGAACUUGUGCAACGUCGACAUCGAACCGUACGUGAGCAAAAUGCUCGGAACUGGCAAACUUGGAUUCUCCCUGGUCAGGAUCACGGCGCUUCUAAUCAGUUCCGGGCGACUUUGGAUCGGAACCAGCAAUGGGGUUGUUAUAUCCGUGCCACUGUCCGAAGCUAAUCGAGAUCCGAUUCAUGCAACAUUGAAUCGAACGAGAUCCGCGAGUCCGACUGGGGUUAUACCCUGGUGCUCGAUGGCUCACGCCCAGCUCAGCUUCCACGGUCACCGAGACGCGGUCAAGUUCUUCGUGGCGGUACCGGGAGCCGCUAGUUCGCCAGCCAGAACACCGGAGUCGCCCCAGCAGGGUUCGAACCAGCCGCCGAUGCUGGUCAUAUCCGGAGGCGAGGGAUAUAUUGACUUUAGAAUAGCCGACUCGGAGAUGGAGGACAGCGUGGUGGUAGCCGAAGAUGGUUCCUCGAGUGGCCACAGCUCGUUAAUUGAGAGGGCCUCUAAGAGUCACUUGAUAGUGUGGCAAGUAGCGACGGCCUAACGCAGGGCCGACCGUGCGAGAGUCGACUCUGAAUCCGACUACGUAUAUGUGUGCACGUCGACUAAACCAGAGGCUCUGAUCAACGUCUGAGUCCUCUAUACGGCAUACGAACGAGUUGCAAACUUAAACACUGCAUACAUAGUACACUAAUAAAAUAUAUAAAUUUUUAGAACGAAGUUCCUUAUGGGACGGUGCGGAGGGGUACCCUAACCGUGAAAAAACGUCCGUAACGUAAGAUUUUUAUU